AUGAAUGCAACUGAAAUAUUUGAUGUAGUAACAGGAAAAUCAAAGAAACCAAUUUUAGCAAAAAUCGGUAAUGAAACUGAAGAUGAAGCGAGAAAAAGGCAUAGUGUUGAUUUUGCAAUAUGGAAAAGGGCAGAUAAUAAGGCUCAAAAAUGUAUCGUCAAAUCGUUAGAUGAACAACCUCUACAAUACAUUAUGAACUGUGACACAGCAAAUGGUAUGUGGAACAAAUUACUUAGUGUGUACGAACAGAUGUCGGACACAAGCAUAACAAUAGUACAACAAAAGUUCUAUCGUUAUACAAUGGAUCCAAAAGACAAUAUAGCAGGUCAUAUUUCAAAAUUAGAAAAUCUAAGUAGACAACUAAAACAAUUGGGAGAACCUAUCUCAGAAUCAAUGUUGAUUACAAAAAUUUUGAUUACAUUACCUGAUAGCUAUAGGCACUUCUACAGUGCAUGGGACUCAAUGAAUAGUGCAAACAGAACACUAGAACAGUUAACCACUCGAUUGAUGGUGGAAGAAACACGACAAGUGCAAGGACAGGAGGUCCGUGACGAUGGUGCUGAGAGUAGUGCUUUGACUGCAACCAAAGGCAAAAAAAUUGAAGAAAUCGACGACUCAGACAAAUGGUAUAUAGACUCAGGUGCAAGCGACCACAUGACAAAUCGAAAAGAGUGGUUCGUCGAUUAUAAACAUUUUGAUGUGCAUUCUCUUGUACGUAUUGGAGAUGGUAAGCACAUUAUGGCAGUCGGAAAAGGUAACAUAAAUAUUCAUACUUAUGUUGACAAUAAGUGGAUAAAAGGCUACUUAGAAAAUGUUUUAUAUGUACCUGAUCUAAAGGUAAAUUUAUUCUCUUGUGGGGCAUGCCUUGAUAAAGGAAUUACAAUAGUGACAGACAGUAAAGGUUGCACAUUUAAAACUAAUAAUCGUGUAAUUGCAGUCGGUGUUCGUGAGGAUAAAUUGUUUACAAUGCUAAUCAAAACAGAUAUACCACAGGAAAUUGGACACUGUGCUAACGUUGCAGUUAAGAAAUUAAUAUUGGAACACUGGCACAAAAUACUAUGUCAUCAGAAUUUCAAACAUGUUCGUGAGUAUUUAAAACACAAUGAAAUACAAUUUACAGAUAUACAAGGACACGAAGACUCCCGGCUUUCGGCGCCUUGCGGCUACAACCGCGGACCUCACAUUAGCGCUGUGCGCUAG